GCGAUUUGAUGUCUCAUGUUAUUAUCUGGGUGCGGGAUACCGUAAUCGCAUCGCUGUGUUGAAACAUAAAAGCAAUUGUCAUUUGCCAGUCGGCUUUUAGAUGCCGGUGUGGGUGCCAGUGUUUACCAGUCGGAGAAUGCAAUAAUUGAUAAUGGCAGGCAGAAUGUUGAAGUUUAUACGCGGCAAGGGCCAGCAGCCCUCUGCUGAGAGGCAGAAGUUGCAGAAUGAACUAUUUGCAUUCCGAAAGACAGUCCAGCAUGGCUUCCCGCACAGAGCGUCAGCACUCGCGUGGGAUCCGCUCCUCAGACUCGCGGCGCUUGGUACCGCCACCGGAGCGCUCAAGGUCUACGGCAGACCAGGCGUCGAACUCUACGGCCAACACACCAAUUACGAAUCGAUAGUCACACAGAUACAUUUCAUCACAGGGACAGGCCGUUUGAUAUCAUUAUGCGACGAUAACAGCCUUCACUUGUGGGAGAUCAACGAGAAAUCUCUAGUGGAAUUAAAGUCGCAUGUAUUCGAAGGUAAAAAUAAAAAGAUAUCGGCCAUAUGCGUAGAAUCGUCAGCGAAGAACGCUUUACUGGGAACCGAAGGCGGCAACAUUUACUCAUUGGAUUUGAGCGCUUUCACGAUCUCGGAAGAUGUCAUAUACCAGGAUGUCGUUAUGCAGAACUGCCCAGAGGAUUACAAAGUUAACCCAGGCGCGGUGGAGUCUGUAUACGAACACCCUAAGACUCCUACACGUAUUCUGAUCGGAUACAACCGAGGACUGGCCGUGCUUUGGGACCGGGAGGCUGCGGCUCCCACACAUACAUUUGUUUCGAAUCAACAGCUUGAAAGCUUAUGCUGGAAUGACGAUGGCGAGCACUUCACAUCAUCGCACAACGACGGUUCGUACGUGACGUGGGAGGUGGCCGGCGCCUCCAGCGACCGACCCCUGAAGGAGCCCGUCACGCCCUACGGACCCUACCCUUGUAAGGCGAUCACCAAGAUCCUGAACAGGACUAGCGUUGAUGGAGAGGACAUCACUAUAUUUGCCGGUGGCAUGCCCAGAGCUUCGUACUCCGACAAGUACACGGUUACCGUGCAGCAGGGCGAGAAACAUGUGGCCUUCGAUUUCACGAGCCGGGUGAUAGAUUUGUUCACAACGACUCCCGUGCCCCCGGACGGCGCGCCGCUGCAGGAGGAGCAGCCCGACACCCCGGCCCUCGUACAGGUGCAAGCGGUCAACCAGGUCGCCGCCGCUUUGGUGGUCCUGGCGGAAGAGGAGCUGGUGGUGAUAGACCUAUGCGACGCGCGCUGGCGGCCGCUGCGGCUGCCGUACCUGGUGUCGGUGCACGCGUCCGCCGUCACCACGGCGCAGCUGGCCGACGGCGUGGCGCCCGCAGUCUACGACAACAUCGUCGCCGCGGGUCAACAACAAACGGAGAAUCAAUACUCGGAGAGUCCGUGGCCGAUAUCCGGUGGAGUGGUGGAGACGGCGGAGCUGACCGACAGACAGGUGCUGCUCACGGGGCACGAGGACGGCUCCGUGCGGUUCUGGGACGUGACCGGCGUCGCCAUGACCCCCCUGUACAAGUACACCACCGCGCAGCUGUUCAGUGGUGAAGAACUUGGUGAAAACAACGACAGUCAGACCACAGAUGAAGAGGAGUGGCCUCCCUUCAGGCGAGUCGGCACCUUCGACCCGUACAGCGACGACCCCCGGCUCGCGGUCAAAAAGGUUAUAUUGUGCCCGUUAUCUGGAAUGCUCACCAUCGGCGGAGCCGCCGGCCAUAUUGUCAUAGCCAGUCUCAAGACCUCUCCGAGCACCACCGAAGUCAAGUCGGUGUCAGUGAAUAUAGUGUCAGACAGAGACGGCUUCGUGUGGAAGGGACACGGGCAGCUCACGUUGAGGGCCGGCACGCACACCUUCCCGCAGGGAUAUCAGGCGACCUCGGUGGUGCAGCUGCAGCCCCCGGCGGCCGUGACGUCACUGAGCGCGCAGUGGGAGUGGGGCGUGGUGUGCGCCGGCACCGCGCACGGGCUGGCGCUGGUGGACGCGCUGGGCCCGGCGCCCGCGCCGCUGCUGCAUAAGUGCACGCUCAACCCGCACGAUCACGGAUCCGGUGACACGCCAAUAUCGAGAAGAAAGUCCUUCAAGAAAUCCUUGAGAGAGUCAUUCAGGAGGCUUCGUAAAGGACGUUCACAACGGCGACAGACGACAUCGAAUCCCACCUCGCCCACACAACCGAUUCCGAAGAAGCCAAUUGACAAAGCCGCCUCGGAAACGGACGCGGAAAUCAAACCGAUCGAGCGCGCGGUGGAGGCCCGCUCCACGGACGACGCCUACGGCUCGAUGGUGCGCUGCCUGUACUUCGCGAGGACCUUCCUCAUCAAUACCCAGCAAUCGACGCCGACGCUAUGGGCCGGCACGAACAACGGCACUGUGUACGCCUUCACGCUGCACGUGCCCAACACUAACAAACGGAAAGAGGAACCAGUAACGUGUCAGCUAGCGAAAGAAAUACAGUUGAAGCACAGGGCCCCGGUCAUAGGGAUCACAGUACUCGACGGCGCCUCCGUACCUCUGCCCGAUCCCCUAGAGGUGGAACGAGGUGUGUCCCCGCUACCGGAGCCGGGUACACAUCGUGUGGUCAUCACGUCGGAGGAACAGUUCAAGAUAUUCACUCUGCCUUCGUUGAAACCGCACAACAAGUACAAGCUGACCGCGCACGAGGGCGCUCGGGUUCGGCGCACGGCGUGGUCGCAGUUCUCGUGCGGCGCGCACCGGGAGUGGUGCUUGCUGUGCCUCACCAACCUCGGCGACUGCCUCGUGCUCAGCCCGGAGCUGCGCCGCCAGCUCAACGCCGCCGCCGUCAGGAAGGAGGACAUCAAUGGGAUUUCGAGUUUAUGUUUCUCGAAGCGAGGAGAAGCUCUCUACCUGCACUCGUCUUCCGAAUUACAACGGAUUACUUUAUCUGCUACGAAGGUGACGAUCGCGGAGUGCCACGUGCUGCUGGCGCCCUGGGCGGCCGCGCUGCGGGGACCCGCGCCGGAGCCGCCGCUCACCAACGGGGAGCAUAAGGAAGAGGUGCCGGAGACAGCUCAUGACGUCACGGCGGCCUCGGCGGACAUCACCGUGGACAGCGUGCGCGACCACACCAGCGCGGAGCACCCGCCCGAACUCAACAUCAACUUACAAAACACGCAAGUGAAUACGAGUUCGAUGGUAAUAAAGACAACGACACGCACGACCGUGAACGAGACCAACGCGGACGGCACCACCACCACCACCACGACCAGCACUAACAACGCCAACGAGAACAUCCUAGAGCACAGUCGCGAGGAGGGAGUCAUCACCCGCAUCGAGACCUCGGAAAGCACGGACGGCCGCCACGACAAACCGAGAAGAACGUGAGGUGGUAUUCAUGAAGCGGUGUGCACACAGACGGGAACCGUGACGGUGCCGGCCGGCACAGAUCCGAAGCUGAUCCUCGAGAUGUUUGAUCGACAACGGUCCCCCCUGGCGGUCCCCGUGCCGCCCCCCACUGACGCGCACUGACACCCCUCUGUCCCCCCGGUGUCUAUCCACCGACGAGUCACGUGACGUCACCGGCCCCCUACUGAAGCGUGACAACCCCCUAGUUUAACGUUUAAAUUUAAAGGUAUCAUCGAUAGUUGUAUUAUUAAAAUUUUCAUUUUUAUUACUAUAAUUAAUUACUUAGACAGCUAAGUAUACUGCCAUGUUUGGGUACGGAAAAUCUAUUUUUAAUUUAAUUUUUUUCAAAACAGAAUUUGCUAUUACUAAACAUUGCAAAAUGAAAGAAAUUGCAUGAUUACAUCUGGGUUUUUUUUCGACAUUUUUAGGGUUUUUACUGGUAAUUAAAAUUUAGUCGGUAGUACAUUGUACUUAAUUGUAACCAACUCUUCAUCUAAAUAUAUUAUGAAACUUUUAAAUCUCAUAUCUGAAUUAUACUAAAAAUUCUUUAAUGAAUCCAAUAAUGAGCAGACAGUCGAGUACAAUGUUUAAUUUUUUUGCAAAUAAGCCCAUUCCUGCUUUUUCAUUUUAUUAAUGAUCAUAAGAAUAAGUAUGAUAGAUUAAAAAUUCACUUCGAAAAAAUUCAACUUAAUAAAAAAAAAUCGAAUAAAACAAUAAUUUGUAGUACAAAAAUCUUAAGCCAUACCAUUGUUGUAUUCAAUACAGCGAUUAGAUUGUGGAUUGUAUUAAAGAAAUAAAUAGUCCUAAGAAACGAGAUGUGAAAUUUUAUUAUUUAGCAUUUUAGUUUAUUUCGGAGCAUUCACUGCGAAUGUUAUUAUGUGCCUAUUUAUUUUCAUUUCUAAUAAAAAUAAGUCCUGUUUUUUAGAAAAAAUAAUUAGCUAUAAGAAAUAAAUACGCAUUGACAAUUUAGUAAUGACUAGAGUUUAUAUAUUGUAUACAAAAAUUUUAAAAAUAGCAUUAAUUACAGUGUCAUGCCUGAAAUUUAUUUAAUUUUGAGUUGAGAGAUAUUUAUUCAUAUAAAAUUGUUAUUCUUUAAAGUACAUAGUUUGAAUUGUUUCAUUGUAAAUUCAGAAAUUAGAAUGAUUCUAAUAUUUUAACGGUCUUUUUAAGAAAUGCUUCUUUUUAAAAUGAAUAUGUAGGUAUUUAUUAAUUUUAAGUACCAUUUUUAGCUUCAAUAAAGAUAAUGAAUGA